CGUGUUGCGCAACCCAUGAGAACCAUCGAAAGUGCCCCCUCCCGGGGACGUGCCGAGUACCAUCUUAUAAACAGUGGAGCCACCCGACCGAUGGACACUGCAUCUCGACCCAUCAUCAGCAUGUGUAACAAAACGGUAUUCAGAUCGUUGGCCGUAGCGGCAAUGCUCGCCUGCGUCGCCGCCCGCCCCGAGCCGCCGUCCUCGUAUGGACCUCCUUCGACAUCGUACGGAGCUCCGUCUUCAGCGUACGGCCCCCCGGCCGCGCAAUACGGGCCUCCGCAGCAGCCCAUAGUGCACAAGCAUGUUUACGUGCACGUGCCGCCUCCGGACAACGAGACCCCGCGCCCUCCCAAGCAGAUCUACGUGCCGCCCCCGCAGAAGCAUUACAAGAUAGUGUUCAUCAAGGCGCCGACCCCGCCGACCCCGACCGCGCCCGUCAUCCCGCUGCAGCCACAGAACGAAGAGAAGACCCUCGUGUACGUGUUGGUCAAGAAGCCCGAGGAGCAGCCCGACAUCGUGAUCCCGACCCCGGCGCCCACUCAGCCUGCUAAACCAGAAGUAUACUUCAUCAGAUACAAGACACAGAAACAAGAGGGCUAUCCAGCGGCGAAAUCCCCAGCACCACAGUACGGUCCUCCGGCCUCCGCCCCCUCCUCAAGCUACGGCGCGCCCUCAGGCGACAGUUCAUACUGAAAAGGAAAUCGACAAACCCUCGCAUAUUUCGCCCUCAAAUGAAGCAUUUUUACCAAAAAAACAUAGUUGAUUUAUAUGAUAGUCAUAAAUAAUUUUUAUAUAAUAAUUAUGUUAGUUAUUGUAGCGCUUAUUUUGAAUUGGAAUGUUAACACUCCGUAGUCUUUUAUGAAGAGGGCGAUUGUACAGAGGGUGUUGUGUGUGGCUGACUGGCAGAACGCCAAAC